CUUUUACUUUUUUGCGUUGUCAAAAGCGGAGGAAAUCGGUUACCGCGACAAACCACUCAAUAUGGCUACGGAAGAGCAGGAGGUUAAGGAUGAGCGUCUGGAAACUCAUGAGGAAGGAGGGGACGAUGAGGAAGAGAUUGCGGCAAUGAAGAGACGGGUAGCCGAGAUGGAAUCCGAAGCAGCAAAGUUGCGGGAAAUGCAAGCCACUCUUGAUCAACAGUCCGAGAGUCUACGCGAGGACAAAGAGGAGAUCGAUGCUCGGAGUAUUUUUGUUGGAAAUGUGGAUUACGGCGCUUCGCCCGAGGAAAUCCAGGCGCAUUUCCAGAGCUGCGGCUCCAUCAAUCGCGUUACCAUCCUUCUGGAUAAAUUCACAGGCCAACCCAAGGGAUACGCCUACGUAGAAUUCGCGGAGCCUAGUCUGGUCGCCCAGGCCCUUGUUCUGAACGAGAGUGUGUUCCGUGGCCGCAACUUGAAGGUUGUUCCCAAACGGACCAAUCUGCCUGGUAUGAGCAGCCGAGGCCGGGGACGCGGUGGCUUCCGUGGCGGCCGUGGCUUCUACCGCGGCGGGUUCCCUCCUCGCGGAGGCUAUCGCGGCGGCGGUCGCGGUCGCGGUCGAGGCUAUGCGCCAUACUAGAUGCGAG